GGACAGCCAAAGGCCAAAAAAAAAAAAAAAAAAAAAAAACUCCAAGGCCCUUUUCUUUUUUUAAACUAAAAAACAGCUUCUAAUUCUUUAAACUGUCAACUUGUUGACAUGAAUUUAAUAUAAACACAAGAUUCCUUCUUUUUUUUUUCUGAAAAAAAGAUAUUCAUAGACAAACACCAAACUACUUUAAUAGAAAAUGCCAGAACAGAAUCCAACAACACCUGAUCAACAAGAUCAAAACGAAGAAAAUUCAAACAAUCAAAACCAAGACUCAAAAAAAAAGCGAACCGGACCGAAAAGGCGAAAGGUGACUCAUGCUUGUGUAUACUGUAGACGUUCCCAUAUGACUUGUGACGAAGGUCGCCCUUGUCAACGUUGUAUUAAGCGUAGUAUUGGUCACUUAUGUCAUGAUGAAGUAAAGACGUCAGGUAAUACACCGCAACCGCAACAUCAACCACAACCACAACAGCAACAGCAACAGCAGCAACAGCAACAACAACAGCAACAACAACAACAACAGCAGCAGCAGCAGCAGCAGGUUAAUACCAAUCGACAAGAUGGCAUGAGUCAACAAGGACUUAAUGGCGGAAAUUACCCGCCCUUAUCCACUAUUAACAAUGCACAAAAUAGUAAUAUGGGUGGGCUUCCACUUCAAUUUUAUGGACAAAUGGGAGCAGGUCAACUUACUUUUGCUAGUGAGCAAAUGGGAAAUGAAAUAUCUGUUAUUAGCGAUUUUCUCGAUUCACUUGGUUCUAAUAGUGAUACCCAAGGGAUGUAUACACCAAGUAACAACACACCAACUGUGAAUACAACCGAAAGAUUCUUCUUAACAGCAGCUGAUCCAUCCGAUGGUAAAUUAGAGGAUCGCCUUACUGAAGUCAUUAACGCCAAAUACGAAGCUGGCUUUUUAAAACCAUACAAUUAUGUCAAUGGUUACGCCAGACUUCAAAAAUACAUGGAUAACAACAUGUCUGCUUCUAGUAGACAGAGGAUUUUGAAUGUGAUGGGAACAUUUCGUCCUGCUUUUAGAUCAGUAGCACAGUCAUUGACUGAUAUCGAUUUGAUUCUUGUAGAGGAAGCUUUCGAGCGUUUACUUUUGGAUUACGAUCGUGUUUUCAGUUCGAUGGGUAUACCCGCUUGUUUAUGGCGUCGUACAGGUGAAAUCUAUAAGGGCAAUAAAGAAUUCGCAGCUCUUGUCAAUGUUCCUAUUGAAAAUUUAAGGGAGGGUCGGUUAUGUAUUUAUGAACUGAUGGCUGAGGAAUCUGCUGUUAAUUAUUGGGAGAAAUAUGGAAACAUUGCUUUUGAUCCUGGACAAAAAGCUGUAUUGACAUCUUGUUUGCUAAGAAGUCCUAACCCCGAAAAUACAAGCGUCAUCUCAUGUUGUUUCUCGUUUACUAUUCGAAGAGAUAAAUAUAACAUUCCUACUGUCAUUGUUGGAAACUUUUUACCAAUCCAGUUACAAUAA